GAACACGCAAACGAACAGCAGGAGCAGAGUAUGACGCCAUUGCGAUUUGGAUAGCACGUAUGCCCGUCAGCGCUGUAGGUAGUCCAUUUAAUAUGAUUUAAUAUGUGUAAAGUAUUGAAAGUUGGGCGUGGUGGUGGGGGCACGGUGGCGCCAUAGCUGAAGAGUGCCAGCCACACCCGGACCCCUCAACACCAUAAAGUCCAUCCAGACCGCGACGAGGCUAAAAUUGGACACUGCCGCACCUGCAUACGAUUUGCAUACGAUUUGCCUCUAGAUCGUCAAUAGCGUCAUCUGUCGAUGAGACCCUGCAUACAUCGUCUUUGAAGGAUUCUACCUCCCUUAUUCAGCAGUUCUGAGUCACGAGGGCGCUACAAUUUGUCGUCCGGUUACGAGGUCUCAACGCCAGGAACAUCGAGGUAACAUCACGCGGCCAUGUCUCUCACAAACGCAACACCGCUAGACAUUGCUCAGUCGGCUAGGGAAGGGUCAAGAGCACUUGCCGUCUUGAAGACCGAGGAGCGCAAUGCCGCAUUGACUGCAAUCCACAAGGCGCUAGCAGAUGGCAAGGAGGAGGUGCUAGCAGCCAAUGCUGCGGAUCUCGAGGCCGCAAACAAGGCCGCGGCUGGCGGAACGCUUAGCGCUAGUUUGGUGAAGAGGUUGGAUCUGGGGAAACCGGGGAAGUAUGAGGAUAUGCUGCAGGGCAUUCUCGAUGUGGUAGAGCUGGAAGAUCCCAUCAACAAGACUACAGCAAAGACUUUGCUCGAUGAUAACCUCACUCUCUCCCGGAUCACAUGCCCGAUUGGAGUCCUCCUGAUCAUCUUUGAGGCUCGCCCCGAGGUCAUCGCCAACAUCUCCGCGCUGGCCAUCAAGUCUGGAAACGCAGCGAUUCUGAAGGGUGGACGUGAAUCCAGCAACAGCUUUGCAGCCAUUGCAUCCAUCAUCUCCAAGGCCCUCGCAACCACAGCCGUUCCUUCCAGCUGCCUGCAGCUCGUCCAGACUCACGAUGUCAUUGCUGAUCUCCUCAAAUUGGACACCUAUAUCGACCUUUGCAUCCCUCGCGGCGGCAACAAGCUUGUUCGCUAUGUAAAGGACUCAACAUCCAUCCCGGUUCUAGGUCACGCAGACGGCAUAUGCUCGAUCUACCUGACAAACGACUAUCCCGCCGACAAGGCCGUCAAGAUCAUCGUUGAUGCUAAAUGCUCAUACCCAGCUGGCUGCAACGCGACCGAGCAGCUUAUCGUCGAGGAGUCUGCCCUCAGCACCACCCUCCCAGUCGUCGCCGACGCUCUCCUCAAGAAAGGCGUAUCGCUCCGCUGCGACCCCACCUCCCUCGCCGCGCUCCAGAGCAAGCUCGACUCCCACUCCUCCGCUCUCCUGCAGUCUGCCGGCCCCGAAGACUUUGAUACCGAGUUCCUCGACUACACCAUCGCCAUCAAAGCAGUCCCCUCCGUCGCCGAAGCCAUCUCGCACAUCAACGCCCACGGCUCACAUCACACAGACGCGAUUCUCACCAACGACGACUUCAUCGCACGCUCGUUCCUCGCUGCCGUCGACUCCUCGUCCGUGUACUGGAACACCUCAACCCGCAUGGCCGACGGCCAGCGCUACGGCUUCGGCACCGAAGUCGGCAUCUCGACGAACAAGAUCCACUCGCGCGGCCCCGUAGGCCUGGAGGGACUGUGCAUCUACAAGUGGGUGCUUGUGGGCGACGCGCAGGUCAGCACCGAGUACGGCGCGGGCGGCAAGCAGUGGAAGCACCAGAAGCUCGCGGCGGGCGACGAGGAGAGCGUAGCCCAGAACGACGAGGAGCGGGAGCUGCUGAGGAAGUUCCGCGCCAGCAAGGCGUAGUAGCAGAGCGUUGGAGAAGCGGGGCCGAGCCACUAUACUGUACUGUACUGUAC